AUGGGUUUCUCUUUUGUUGAGCCCUGUAAGAUGGAGAAACAAGAGUUUUCAGUGGGAGAUCCAUCCACAGAAAUGAAGACAAGUAGUGACGGUUCUGAAGAGAAGUUUGUGUGGCCAUGGGUUGGCCUUGUGGCCAACAUACCAACAGUGGUUGAGAAGUCUGGUCGGAGAGUGGGCAAAAGCGGCUCAACAUUACGUGAUGAGCUCAUCCACAAGGGGUUUAACCCAACAAGAGUCCAACCCAUCUGGAACUUCAAGGGACACUCUGGUUUCGCCUUGGUGGAGUUCACCAAAGACUUCAAAGGGUUUGAGAACGCUAUGAACUUCGAGAGGAGUUACAAAUCAGAUGGCCAUGGGAAGAAAGAUUGGGAGAAAAGUGUUCACUUGAGAGAUGAUAAGCCCUAUGGAUGGGUUUGUAGGGAGGAUGAUUACAACCGAAGUGGGAUUGUUGGCAAGAAUGUUAAGAAGAAGAGGGACUUGAAGAGUGUUUGGCAGCUUCAAGAAGAGGAGGAAAGGAAGAUGAUCCAGCUUGUUGAGAACAUGUCUCAGUCUAUUGAGAUGAAGAAGAUAAGCAAGCAAGAGCUCGAAUACAGAGUGGAUGUGACUUCUCGUGUUGUGGAGAGUGUUGAAUUGCAUAACUAUCAGCUAAACGAAACGUACAAACAAGAGGUUGAGAAGAUGCAGAAGAACUUGGAAGAGCAGUAUCAGCAGAUUCUGAUAGGACAUGAGAAAUCUAUGUCUGACCUGGAGACAGAGAGGGAGAAGCUGGAGAUUCGUGCAAGGCAGAUUUACAUAAACGAAGCUGAGAUGGAAAAAUCCAGACUUGAAAUAGAAAUGAAUCAAAAGGCUAUGUUGGAGCAGAAUGAAAUGAACAUGGAAGCUAUGAAGCUUGCAGAGAAGCACCAGGCAAGUACUUCUUUAAAAGAGAAGGAGAAGCUUCAUGAGAAGAUAAUGGAGAUGGAAGCAAAACUCAACGAAACACAAGAGCUGGAGUUGGAGAUAGAAAAGCUGAAAGGUAACACCAAUGUGAUGAAGCACAUGGCGGAUGGAGAUGCAGAUUUGAUGGAGAAGAUGGCCAAGACUCAGAUAGAGCUUGAUGCUAGAGAAGCGGCUCUACAUGAUAAGAUAAUGUCACAGACACAGAAAGAACGUAUGGCCAACGACGAGUUUCAAGAAGCUCGUAAAGAGAUGAUUCAGCAGUUCUGGAAGGAUAAGGAAGAUUUGGUAAGUGGAGAGAAGAUAAGAGUGAAGAUAAUGGGGCAGUUAAACAUGGAUCCCUUUGUGGUAGCAGUGAAGAAGAAACAUAGAUGUCCACAAGCAAGAGCAGAGAUAAAAGCUACGAUCUUAUGUUCAUUUUGGGAAACACAAAUUGGAGAUGUGCAUUGGCAUCCAUUCAAAGUAGAUGAAUCUGAUGGAAUCGCAAAGCUAGUGGUUGAUAACAAGGAUGAGAAGCUGGUGAAGCUGAAGGAUGAGUACGGUGAGGAGCUUUGCGAUGAAGUGGUGAGAACGAAAAAGGAGAUAGUGGAAUACAACGCAAGUGGUGGGUAUGUGAUUUCUGAGCUGUGGAACUUUGAGAAGGAGGAAAAGGCUACAAUGGAGGAAGCAACGGAGGUGAUGUUGAAGAUAAGGAAGAAGGUUUUGGCAACUAAGAACAAACGAGCGAGGCGUUGA